AUGGAGAUUCAUUCCGUGUUGCCCGAAGAGCGAGCGCGAGAUCCAAAAGGCGAGACACUUCCCUGGGGCUAUCGCUACGCAGACUCGGCGAGAAAUGCCAGGCAACUACCAGAAGAGAGCGGACCUUUUGGUCGCAAUCGCAGUAUAAGAUCUACCGCGUCACGAACGCCGCGUGCAAGAACAGGCACUACACCCGUUCGGCAAAAGGAGAACACCGCGGUCGCCGAGUUUGGCAGGUUGUUUGCGAAAGAACAGGCGAAAGAGGAAGAGAGGAAGACCACGUUACCAUCUCCUCCGACGGCGUCAGGCGAAGCGCCUGCAACGGAACGACCUAUUCAACCCGAAGCCGUGCCGACCGAAUGUGUACUCUACGGCUACGCAGGCAAACAAUCGGAAUGGAAAGUUUUGUCGAAGUUCGAAAAGAUUGUCUCACCCGGCAUCAUUUGCGAAGACUACCCGCGAGAAGAUCCCAAUCUCUACCUCUCCUCGAACUCACCGUUUGGUCUCUCGCGAGGCUCUGUGGUGGUCCAUCAGAAUCUGAGCCGGGAAGCGAUCAAGAAGAGUCGGAUAUACUGUGGUGGCAACCACUGGAUCAAGGUCACAUUCGACUCCUACCAGGCUGCCGAGAGAGCAUGCUUUUACAGUCCCCUCGACAUUGAUGGCUAUAUGGUCCAUUGCGAGAUGUGGCACGGGAAAGGCCCUGCAGCAGAUGUUCCCUUAACUCGAGGUCCCUCUUCAGAUGGAUCAGACCUUCUCCAGCCAAUUGCCCCGCGACAGUCUGACGACGGUCGGAAAGCACGGACCUUGAGCUCGUCACAAUCUUCCCGUAUGCUGUCAGGCAAACAGUCAGCCAUUGCAGGCUUCGAGCGGGCACUGCAGACCCUACCCCGAUCCCAUACAAUGCCCGACAUGCAGUAUGGCCAGCCUCUCAACCAUGAAGACGAGCAAUUCUCUAUCGAUUCCGCAACGGCCUCAUCGGCAACCGCCACCGCCACCGACCUAAUUCCUCUUCAGCCGUUGUCGUCCACUGGUCUACGUUCACGCUCCGUCCCUCAGCUGCCUGGUGAAACUACUCAGCACCCCCCGGACUCGGAAUACAUGACGCACAUUAAGAAUGUGAAGAAAGUAGUCCUCCGUCCGAUAUCAGAAGCUCUGCCCCCACAACCGACUUUCGCGGAGAGAGUUCUUAGGAGUAUCCCUAUCGUGUCGUACUUCAUGGGGAGCACGAAGCAAGGAGUUGCGGGAAGACGUGAUGUUAUUGGGGAGGGACCACUGCUCAAGGACGACGGAACCUGGGACCCAGCUAACGGCUGGUACUGGAGCUUCUGGCACGGCGUGGACAGGUGGCUGGGGACGGACUUUUGUGGUUUGAAGGAUGAUUGA